GCUGGAAGGGGCGGAGGAGAGGGAAGCGGCCGGCGGCGGCUGCCCAGGCUCCUCUCCCGCCGCACGCUCCGCUCGCGCUCCGGGGCAGAGAGAAGGCGCCCUCGCCGGGCCCGGAUCCCUGCGAGCCGGUCCCGCCGCGCUCAGCCCCCGCCCCCGGCCGCCAUGGAGGCGCCGGCACAAGGUCUGUUGGAGGCCGAACCACUGCGAGGAAGAGAUGAAGACGCAGUAGCCAGCGCUGACUUCUCUAGCAUGCUCUCUGACGAGGAGAGAGAAGAGCUAAAGGCAGAACUAGUUCAGCUGGAAGACGAAAUUACAACAUUACGACAAGUAUUAUCAGCAAAAGAAAGGCACCUGAUUGAGAUAAAGCAAAAACUCGGCAUGAACCUGAUGAAUGAAAUAAAACAGAACUUCAGCAAAAGCUGGCAUGACAUGCAGACCACCACUGCCUACAAGAAGACGCACGAAACCCUGAGUCACGCAGGACAGAAGGCCACUGCUGCUUUCAGCAAUGUGGGGACGGCCAUCAGCAAGAAGUUUGGAGACAUGAGGUCCCACUCCAUCGGCUACUCCAUUCGCCAUUCCAUAAGUAUGCCUGCUAUGAGGAAUUCUCCUACUUUCAAAUCAUUUGAGGAGAGGGUUGAGACAACUGUCACAAGUCUUAAGGAAACUCUGGUAAGCGCACAGCUCCCAUAUGACUCUAUGAUUUUAGUGUUGCCCACACUCUCAGCUUCUUGCUCUCUUGCCUCACUGGGAUGGAAGACGAAAGUAGGCGGGCCGAACCCGGGCGGAGGCAGCUUUGAGGAGGUGCUCAGCUCCACCGCCCACGCCAGCGCGCAGAGCUCGGCGGGCGCCCCCCGGCGGGAGGAGGAGGAACUGCAGUGCUAGGGCUGCCAAGCCCCAGCCCAUCACCCCCCGCACAUGCCCACACGGAUAUGAAGACCAAAAUCCGCACUGGCAAAAACCAGGCCUUGACCUUCAAAUGGCGUCUCCCCCGAGUUCCAUAAAGUGAUUUCCAUUUGUAUUUGUGUUGAUAACGGACCCUUCGACCGCACCCUUAAGUAGUCACAGGGGGUCAUCUUUUAAAAUGCCCUGAUUUGAGCAGGUACAAAAUUGGUCAUGACCCUUCUCUUUGUGUAACUCAAACAUAUUUUUCAAACAUAAGCUAUUUUGCUUUGGUUCUGGCUUGGACGCCAUUGCCAUGCGCAUGUCUUUGAAGGCUGAGUGAGCACCCCCUUUCUGUUCAGUCAGUCCACUGGGGGGCGCUGUCUCCGUCUCCAGCAAUGGGAUGACACUGCAAAUUUCACCCAACUGCUUGUGGUCCGCCUCACCUACAUUAAUCACACGCUUGUUUAAGCAAUUAAAAUAGUUGAUUUUAA